UCAGCCAUGUCUUCCGGGACGCGGUGGCUUCAGGUGUCGCUGCUCCUCUGCUGCCUGCACACCUGUCUGACGCAGGAAGAGCGAGGCUUCACUGGCCCAGAGACUACUGAUGGCGUGCUGGCCCUCAAGCAGGCCAAGAAGGUCCUGACCAGUGGUCUCACAACAGUUUUCUUCCCAAUCGUCUACAUCAUUGUGUUUGUCGUGGGACUGCCCUCCAACGCUCUGGCCGUCUGGGUGUUCCUCUUCAGGACCAAGAAGAAGCACCCGUCGUCCAUCUACAUGGCGAACCUGGCCCUGGCUGACCUGCUCUUCGUCAUCUGGAUCCCCUUGAAAAUCGCCUACCACUUCAAUGGGAACAAUUGGAUCUACGGGGAUGGGCUGUGCAAAGUGCUGGUGGCCUUUUUCUACGGCAACAUGUACUGCUCCAUCUCCUUCAUUGCCUGUAUCAGUGUCCAGCGGUACUGGGCUGUGGUGGACCCCUUGUCCCAGCGGCAGAGGAGCAAUGGCCUCGCUGUGACCGUCUCUGCAGUGAUCUGGCUGGUGGUCUGGCUCCUCACCAUCCCCCUCUACCUGUACGACCAAGAAGUCCGUGUACCGAAUCUCAGCAUCCGGACCUGUCACGACGUCACCAGGCCCAGCCAGAGGAAAAUUGCUGCAGGUUACUUCCUGACCAUGGGGACGGUGGGGUUCGUCGUCCCCACGGUGGUGUGCAUCAUCUCCUACGUCCUCACGCUCAAAGCUCUCAGAAACAGCAUGGAGGACCCCAACAUCUCCAAGAAGCGGCGGAAGGCCGUGGUCCUGAUCGUCACGGUGCUGGUGAUGUUCUUGGUGUGCUUCACUCCCAGCAACAUCAUGCUGCUGGUGCACUACAUCCUCCUGCUCAGCGAGCGUCCCAACAACCUGUACGGCUUCUACAUCACCACGCUGUGCCUGGCCAGCCUCAACAGCUGCCUGGACCCCUUCGUCUACUACUUCAUCUCCGAAGACUUCAGGGAUCACGUGAAGAACACGUUUCUGUGCCGCAGCGAGAGGACGGUGGAGAGGAUGAGGGUUUCCUUCAGCGCUCUGAAAUACUCCAAAAAGAGCAACAGCUAUACAUCAAAGUCUGAGAACACACAGAGCACCGAGUGCUAGAGGGUUUUACCCUUUUUAAGAUUGUUUUUGAACCUCAGGUAUGAAAGGAAGUGAAUACUCAGGUUUGUUUUUGACUUCCUGGAAGUUUUAAGUUUCUGAUUUUUAACUUGCUUGACAUUUUUAUUCAUAUUUUAUUUGAUGUGCGUUUCUUAAAGCAGUCAUCUGUUUGACUGAGUGUGAAUGAUUGCUUUAUUUUACCAGUCUGUAUUUUUUUUUAUUAUUAUAUUAUCCAUGAUGAAUUCAUUAGGUCUUAAAUGUGAGACAAAUGUGUGUGUAUAUAAGUGAGACAACAAAUGAAUGCCUGUAAAAAGGUUUGUUAAUAAAAAUGAAUGGACUUGCUAAUUGUUUUUCCCACUUGACAGCAGUGGUUAUCAAAAAGUAGCCAUUAUUAAUCUGGGCUUAGGCCU